ACCAUGUGUGAGCUGUCUCACAGAUAUCCGGGCGCCAGUCAGCCCACGGGCCCGAGGGCCAGUCGCCGGGGCAUCGCUGGUGGGGACGCAGGCCUGCCAGAGCUGCGACAGGGCAAUCACAGCUCGCCAAGAUGCUGCUGAAGCCACUGGCGGUGUGUCUUCUGGUGACACAAUGUGUCGGGGCGCCCAAGAGCUCGCCGCCGGCCGUCGGCGGACCCAUCGAUGAGCUCAUCGUCGCUCUUCUGGAGGCGUUCAGAGACUCCCUGAGCGAGCCGCAGCCCAUUCCCGACAUCCCAUUCAACCUGGAUGAGCCGGGACUCCUUACCAUCCACCUGAACAUCACCGAAGCUCUCCUGCACGAUCUGUCAACGUUCGUCAUCGACAACAUCCACGUGAACAUGCUUACCCUGAAGCUGGACCUGGCUCUGAGUCUGCCCACCCUCAGCCUGGAGUGUAACUAUGCCUUCGGCAGCGGCAGCGUCAUCGGUGACCUCUUUCCUCUGUACGGCGCCGGCCCCGCCAGCUUUGCCAUGGAAGGCAUGGUCCUGACUGCCAAUGCCGAUCUGAAGCAAAACUUUUCUGGUGGACAUGACCACUACCAGAUAACCGAUCUGGAUUUCUACUACCACUUCGACACUCUGGACGUCCAGAUGCACAACCUGUUCAACAGCGAAGACAUGGCCACUGUGAUUGACGGCUUCGCCGACGACCUGGGGCCGAUUCUGGUGGACGUGAUCGUCAACGAGACGCGCACUGACCUGAUGCCGGUCAUCAUCGAUGUGUUGAACGACAUUCUGUGGAACGCCACCAUCCUGUCGCCGAGCCCGGAGGACGCUGACGAGGCUCCUCUCAGUGAGCCGUUGAAACCAGUGCCGGUAAAACUGCCUAUCCGGGAUGGCGUGGAGGCUCGUCAAGCUCCUCUUCAGAACCUCCCUAAGAUCGACCGCGUGGGCCAGGCUGAUGUGCCCAAAAUCAACAUCAAGAGGCGCCAAGGAAAGUCUCCGUGAUACUGAAGAUCACCUAACGUUCUGUGCCGUCCUCUAGCAAAUGAAGAAACAGCCGGUCUUCUUUCUGAAUGACUUCUACUUCUCUGUUGAAAUCGUCAUGUUUACGUCUAUAUUUAACCGUUAGAUGUAAUUAAUAUGAAUUCAAUUACAUGGUUCAUGCAGUUGUUUUUGGAACGAACAGUGAUGAAAACAAAACAAGUUGGGCUGUAAUAUUGCAAAAUAAAGCAAGGAAUUAUCA